UGCCCCUAUCAAGAAAAGGAGAAAAAGAAAAACUCAUUUCGUGUUCCCUUAUAAUCAAAGAUCAUCAUGCAGGGAAUAUCAUUAGAUUUUGAGCUUAAUUUUCUUGAUACCAUGCAGCAUCUCUUCAAUGAUCCUGACUUUACCCAAAUCUAUUCUGAAUUAAACACAUUCAAUAACAUCCUCCCAGCCCCUAAACACUCAAAUUCUGAUCAAAACACCUUACUAUUUCCACAAAACGUUGUUCAACUCAAUCAAGAAAAUCAAGAUAUCCCAAUAGUACAAGAGACAACAGAAAAAACGGAGCCAAUACCAUUGGAGAGGAAAAAAUACAAAGGAGUGAGGAGAAGGCCAUGGGGAAAAUAUGCUGCAGAAAUAAGGGAUCCUGAAAGAAAAGGCGCUAGGCUUUGGCUAGGGACAUAUGAGACAUCCGAGGAUGCAGCAUUAGCUUAUGAUAGAACCGCAUAUAGGCUGCGUGGUUCAAGAGCCGUACUGAAUUUUCCGCACUUGAUUGAAUCCAAUGUUACUGAGAUUAAUAGAGUGAUGCCGAGGAGACGUCCGCGUUCGCCUGAUAUUUGUUCGUCUAAUUCGGAGUUUUCAUCUUCUUCUUCUUACUUAGGAGAUAAUCUGAAUAAUAAUGUGGAUGGGCCGAGUUCGAAGAGGAGGAAUGUUCAGCUAAUUAAUAGCUUAGCUACGGCCAAUUUGGAUAGUCAAACUAUCAAGGAGAGAUGUUUGACUUCUAAUUAUUUUGCCUGAAUGAAGACGAAAAAGAGGUAACACUUAAUUACAUGCGACUAUUGUUGAUGUGGUUCCUCAUGUAUUGUCUAAAUCUUAUACUUUUGGAAGCUUAACUAAGAUCAAGAGAGUCAUACUCUCAUCCUCUUUAUAGUGACCUUUGGUCCAAAUUUUUGUGAACUUUUUAACACUAGGCCUUGGUUAUCAAGAAUUGAAGCAAAGGGCAUGUCCUUUACUUUACAAAUUGUAUAUGAGGUUAGACACUUCAUACCUCGAGCGCAUGUAUUCUCUUUUUGGUUAUUAAUAUACAAGGUAGGGGUCCGGCCUAACCCCCCCACCCUGA